AUGAAAUGGAUAAGAGAAAAAGUACAGCACAGUCAUAAGAUGGAACAGUUCGACUCUGCUAUUUUCCUCAUUCAACAAUAUGGAAUAGCAACAGUAUCACAGACCCAAGCAUUAUGUAAUACAACUUAUUUUAGUUGUGGAACGGUUGCAGGAGAGUACCAUGUAACAAAUAUUAUUUUUAAAGAUUUAGCAACCUUUACAAAUGUUGGAACGCCAAAUGCUUUAUUGACAUCUUUUACCUUCCCAGCACUCGUUGAAAUAUCUAUUUCAUUUGCAGCGUCGCCACAAGUCGCAAACCCAGGUCUCAACAUUUUAGACUAUGUCAAACAGAUUAAAAGUCUUGUGACGGUGUCGAUCAAAAGUGAUUUCUCUUUUACCUCUAUCCCCUCUGACUUUACAGAUAUGCCUCUUCUAAAGAGCUUGGAAUUAAGCAAGACUGCCAUCACCCAAGUGCCCUCUUCCUUUUUCACCAACUCUCCCAAAUUGCAAUUUAUUUAUCUCUACCUAUCAGUCAACUCGAUCACCAUUGACAACACUAUCAAUCUACCCAGUCUAACUAAUUUCUAUAUGGGUUCCUAUUGUCAAAACCCAAUUGCUUGUAAUAUCAAUUUCACAACUCAAUCAUUCCCAAAAUUAUCAUCUAUACUCAUUCAACAUUAUGCAGGAUCAAUUACAAUUAAUCAUAAUUUAAAUGUAUCAAUAUCAACAUUUUCUUGUAUUGGUGUCCUCAAUAGUCAAUGUAAUAUAGUAUUUGGGUAUCCUCAAAAAUUGGUUUCUAUAACUGCUACUGGAAUGGGAUCAAAUAUUUCACCGUUUCCUGUGACUGGAGAUAUUUAUCAAUCAUUGACCUACUUUGAAAUGUCACUAACAGGAAUUGGAAUCUACCCCAUUGCAACCUCUUAUCCACCUAAAUUAGGAUCAUUAAUUUUAAAUUCCAACAAGAUAUCAAGUGUUCCAAGUAUCCCACUCCCACCUACAAUGAAUACACUUAGUUAUUACAACAAUUCCAUCACUGAUUUAGAUGCAGACACUUUGUUUUCAUCGAGUGUAAGUCUUACUACAUUCAAUAUGAUGGAAAACCCUGCAUUUGACGAUACAAUUACUCAAGCCUACUGCAAGGGUAGUCUCAAAGCUACAGACACCUCUAUUACCAACUUGCCAGAUUGUCUAUGGUGUUAUUACAACUAUACCGUUAAUUUCAUUACAACUUCAGUACCAUCACCAAUCAAUUUUGUUUGUGACUAUUCAGUCUACACUCCAAUCAACGAAUUAUAUAUCUCUAAUCAAGGAAAAUUUACGGUUGUUGGCAGAAAUAUAGGUUUUGCAAAUUUCAAACCUUCAAAUUAUUCGUUGACCACUAUCAUUGGAAAUGAAGCUAUUCAGGUUACUUUGACAAAUCCACCACUCGUUCCAACCAAUUUAACCGUACAAUGGGCACCAGUCUUUGAUGCAGUUAACAACAAUAACCCUCCCAAAUCAAUAUUGGCUGUUCUCGAAGCCGGUAUUAACUUGUUUGUUAUGGAAAAGACUAAAAGUAGUGGAUUUGUUAGUCUUAGACUUUACAUACUCAGAUUUAACCCGAAUAUCAAUCAUACCUGGGUACUUGAUAAUUCACUGGUCUGUACUGCCUCACCACCCGCCGGUGGAUAUAUCAAUGUGGUAUGUCCAACCAGUAGUAAUACACCUGGCCCCUAUUCACUGAAAGUUGAAAAUCAGUACUCUAUAUCUCAGACACUUGAUUUCACUAUACCCUAUCCUGUCGUUGCCACAGUCUCUCCUAUUCCAUUUUAUCAAGGGUCUGUUGUCUCUAUGAUAGGGUAUUACGGUCCAUCGUUUGCCUCUGGGGCAUCUGUAACUAUCGCCUAUGGAGUUGGUGACCAACCUGUCAUCUGUCAAGUUCAAUCCAUCACUCUAUACUCGCUUGUUUUUAUUGCCCCAUUGCCAUUAAUACAAGAAGCCAUUUUGAUAAAUGUUACAGUCGAUCAAUUAACUGCACAGUAUGCAAGAUAUUUAACUGUCCAAGAAUCAUGUCAGCAAUCAACCAGUAAUUGCCAUGGUAACGGUCAAUGUAAUACUACGGGUCAAUGUGUUUGUAAUAGUAAUGCCUUUUAUAAUAAUUGUUCAAAACCAUAUCCAACCAUUUCAUCAGCCAGUUAUAAUACAACAAACAACAAAGUAAUUAGUAUUAAUGGUGAUUUUGGACCUUAUGGACAAUCAAAUACAAUAAUUAAAAUUAAUAAUACUUUGGAUUGUACUGUUAAUUCAACAUCACAACAGUUAAUCAUUUGUGAAUUAGAUCAAACACCAAACUAUGGACUAUCAUCAGUUCAAUUACAACUUGAUUCUUUGGAUACAAAUGCAAAGGAUAUAUUGUAUCUUAGACAACCCGAUAAUGGAGGUAAUAAUGGUACAACUACAACUGCUUCAUCAACAACUACCUCGACCUCUGGAGGUACCACACCAGAUACACCACAACAACAAUGUGAAAAACAAACAUCAAAUUGUUAUGGUCAUGGUAAUUGCGAUAUGAAUGGUGUCUGUCAAUGUCAAUAUAAUUAUAAUCCAGAUGAUAAUUGUUUUACAAAGUUUAUAAAUACAACGAUUACACCAAAUACAACAUCACCAACGGUAUCAUUUGAUAUUGAUGGAAUUGAUUUCCAAUUUGAAGUUGUAUCCAUUCAAGAAUUGGAUUUUGAUAGUAAUAUUAUUAAAGAAUUAUUUAUUUCAAAUUAUACUUGGAUUACAAAUAUGACAACCAAUAAUAUAUCAACUAUUGUUGACUAUCAAUUAAAUACAACUUUAAAAGACAACUCUACAACCAAUAUCAAUGACAUUUUGUUAGAAUCAGUGAAUGUAUCGUCAACGAUAUCAUUCUCAACACAACCAAGAGAUAUUCAAUUUGGAGAUCAACAACUUCAUAUCAAUGCUAACUCGAUUAAACUAUCAGUCAAUGUUACAAAUUGGCAAUACUCAUUGAAUUUAGCAACACUCAGAGUUUUGAAUAUGAUUGCAAUGAAAAAGAGAGUGAUCAAAGAUGAUAUUCAAUUCAAUGGUCGAUUUAUUGAUGUUGCUCUAUCAGAUGGUCGACCAACCUAUUCACAAACACAACUCAUAUCAUUGACUCAAUCAAGUAGCAAUGAGGAUGAAUCGAUUGCAUUGAUUGGUAUCAAUUUACCACAAUGUCAAUCAUGUGUUCUCCAUCCUGAUUUCUCACCAUUAUUAAUUGACAAGAGUAAUGAUAGUGGAUGUGAGAAAUCAAAUAACUGGAGAAUCAUUGUUGGAUGUGUUGUUGGUGGUGUCGCUGCCUUGGCCAUAACAACAGCAUCAAUCAUUACUUACAAAAAGAUAAAGAAAAGAAAUGCCUAUGAUGAUAAUCUAUCCAAUAAACUCAAAAACUCCUCAAGGUCUUGA